UGCACACGGAUGCUUUAUCAAAGGACCUUGUUCAGAUAAAUAUCCGCGACUGCCGAGCGGCUCUUCACUACUCCGGGACACCAAAACUCACAACUGGUGGCCAGUUCAACAUGGCUCUGUCACUUUUUGCCACAGCAGGAUUUAUCGUCCUACUUUUCACCUCCUCGUCAGCUCAAAUCAGAGGAGACAACCAUGCAACGUGCAACAUGAAUGACGGCUUUGGAAAGUACUGCCCUACUACGUGUGGAGUUGCUGAUUACAUGUUCAGGUAUUUACCAGGCGUGGAUGAAGACCUGACUUGGAUGCAGAAUGAACUGGAGACCAUUGCCAAUUUAACUCAAGGGGCCGAUGAAACGAUUACAUACAUGAAAGACUCGGCAACAGCAGCCCAAAAGUCUUCCCAGCCUGAUCCGUACUACAAGAAGUCCUCCAGUAUGUUGGAUGAUGUCUUGCGGUUUGAAAAAACAAUAAUUGCACAAGAAGAGCAAAUGAUUGAACUUCAGAAUUUAAUCUCAGCCAACGAGAGGAGGAUGGGAGACUUGAGGAAACUGGCCCUUCAGCUGCAGCAGAAAUGCAACGAGCCCUGCAGAGACACGGUCCAAAUCCAGCCGAUCACAGGAACAGACUGCCAGGAUAUUGCAAACAAAGGUGCCACCACCAGCGGUCUGUACUAUGUGAAGCCGGCCAAAGCAGAGGGACAGUUCUUAGUCUACUGUGAGAUUGACGCCUUUGGCCGCGGCUUCACUGUAAUACAAAGGAGACGUGACGGCAGCGUGGACUUCUUCAAGGACUGGAUCCAGUACAAGGAGGGCUUCGGCUAUCUCUCCCCAGAUGACACAACGGAGUUUUGGCUCGGCAACGAAAAGAUCCACCUGCUGACGACCAGCUCAACCCUCCCCACCGUGCUGCGGAUUGAGCUUGUGGACUGGGACGGUAACAAACGGUACGCCGACUACAACAUGUUCAGAAUCGGCUCGGAGGCCGACAUGUACCGACUCACCUACGGUUACUACUUCGGCGGCGACGCCGGCGACGCCUUCGACGGCUACGACUUCGGGGACGACCCCAGCGACAAGUUCUUCACGUCGCACAACGGCAUGCAGUUCAGCACGUCCGACAAGGACAACGACAAGUACGAAGGCAACUGCGCCCAGCAGGACGGCUCGGGCUGGUGGAUGAACAAAUGCCACGCUGCGCAUUUGAACGGAAAGUACUACCAAGGUGGCAGGUACACAGAAAAGGAUGCAGGUGAGCACGGCUUCGACAACGGCAUCAUUUGGGUCACCUGGCACAAUCGUUGGUACUCCCUGAAAGAGACCACCAUGAAGAUCAUUCCCCUGAGCCGCAUCGCCGCAGGAGGCGGACAGCAGGCCGGCGUCAAACAGUUUGGAGGACUCGGAGGGGUUUAAACACGAAAAAUGUCCGCAGUCUGCUCUCCCCCUCCCCCUCUCCCACCCCCACAACUCUCUUAUCAUCUCAGAAUUUAAAAGAGGCUUAAAUUAUCCUGUAUCACCUCUUUGAUGUUUGUGUAUUAUUCUCAUUAGUUAACAGAUGAGCAGAAUAUGUCAAUCUGAUCCAGCAGACUUCUGAGGCAUAUUUUACCUACUGAGCGUGAUAGAUGCUUGUUUUAUAUGAGGUCUUUAGACCUAAUUUCUGUAUAUCUAAAAAAAAAAAAAAAUCCAGCCACACUGUUAAGACGAGAAUGUAAAAGCCAAAGUGCAUGCAA